AUGCCUGAGGUUCCCGAAGUCAACGUCUGGCUGAGACGCCUGCUGAAGUGUCUUCUCAAGCUCUACAAAAAGAAGAAACAAUGGCCCAAAGGUGUGCUUUGUUCCCCCUUGACUAACGAGUGCGCUCUCAUUGAUGAGCACGAACCUUCAGGCGUUGUACAGAUAUUCCCUAUCACGUUCGCAUUGGGGACCCGGACGAAACCGUAUACUACCGUCCCCUCUGUCGAUAAUGCGGAGUACCAGGCAAGCGGCACGAUGGAGAAGGAGCUUGCUCUUCAUCCUCAGGACAUGACCAGCAAGUUCACUAUCUCAAGGUCGAAGAAUCAAUUAUGGGAGUACCUCUUACGGCGAAUGGAUCCUGGCGCUGUCUACGCCGCCCGCCGCAACAAGCAGCUGGCUAUAGCUGCAGGACAUCAUUGCCUCAUAUUUCGAUUCGGAUUGGAAGGGCAUCUCAUGCGCUUCACCCGGCAAGACUUCGACGAAAUCAUCGCCAUGGAUGUACCCGGGCCGAACAAGAACAAGUCGAAGGCAGCGCGCUUGCGGUCAUUCAAAGUCCCCGCGCGAUUCUGCGAAGCGCUCAGUUCGGAAACGGACAACCGAACUGUCAAUAUCCUCGCAGCUCUCGUGCUUGAUGACUGGGUCUGGGCGGUCGUCGAUUUCGCCAGACUGGUUCAGAUGCACGUUGUCAGUAUCGGUCGGCACUUCGUCGAGGAAGAUCUUCAGCCUAGCUCAGCCAUCUGGCCGCGCUUAUGGGCUGGCUUUCAAGCUGGGCCUGACUGGCUUAUUGAGUAUCCCUUGGUACUCAAUGAACUGGACCUUUGGCGCCAAGAGGUCCGCACCCGCCGCCUUCAUACCCCUCUUGUCAAUGCACUCUGUGACCCGUCCCUCCUACCCUUCAAUGCUUUCGGCCGCCACACCGCUAACGAUGCGGCCCACGGAAUGGGCGUCUUUCCUAACACGCCUAUCUCUGCCUUUGUCGACGACGAUCUGGUCUUCAAACAGUUCACGCACAGCUUGAAAAGCUAUCUGGCGCAGUUCGAUAGUCCGGAGUAUCUGAACGCCAUGGUCUCCUUGCCAAGCUCCAGCAACCCUUUCGCCUUCAAUCACGUCCCCCACAAAACCUAUGUAGAUCGGUACAUCCAUGUCUUCCGACGCUCGGACGUAUGGGUGAGCGCCCCACUUUAUAACCACCUGCUCGUGCAUGGGCUUCUUGACAAAGACCACGUCAUCGGCCAGCCAUAUCGCCCCAUCGCACUUGAAGAGCGCACUACAACCUUCAAAAAAUUGGACGUUGUCUACUAUCACAAACCAUACGACACAUUUACCGUCAUCCAAGCUAAGGUUCCAGACGACUGGAUACAUCUUGCGCUAGGUGGCUACAAACCGGUACGCGGGCCCAUACGUGAUAUCCGAACGAGUGGGUAUCAGACCGCCAUCGGGAUUUCCGACUUCCGCGAGAACAAGCUCAAUAUGCGCGAUAUCAAGCGCUCUGUCGCCGCGUUGUGUGUACCAGGUCGCAAGGGCAAGGAAAAGGCUGGGGUUGGGCGACCAACGCGCACUCCUACUGUAGCGACCCUUCGUCGCGAACUCUCGCAGAUAGAGAGAAUCACUGAGAAGAGCCGAGCCUCUUCCGUCGACGAUCCGGCUAGCGAUUCCGAAGAUGACGACUACAACAACGAGGACGAGAUCGAGCUGGAAAAUUCGUCGUACGCGCCCGAGGAAGAGGACAAGAUUUCAACACAGUAUGCUGACCUACAGACAGCCAUCCAGUUAUUCGAUGGGGAGAACCAAGCGCAGCCUAUCGCUAAGAGCGCACGCACUGCUCAUAGAUUUUCAGCUACGUCUGUGGCAACUGCAGAUGCUGCAAUGGCCCCUGCACGUCGCUCUGCACGGUCGUCUACUGCGGGAGGAAGUGAAAAACGGUCCGCCUCCCCUCUCCCUCUUGACCCUGAUAUUCAGACCAGGCAGAAGCGUAUCAUAUCUGCGUGUGACGUCGCGUCUUCCCCGCUGACAACGAGCGCUCUUCCCAAGUACUUGAUAGAAACCGCGCCCACUUGCGCCCUUCCAAGCUGGCUCAGCAGCGCGCGCGACCGGUGGAUUUGGCAGCUGAGCGAGAACAACCUGCGCGCGGAGGACUGGGACGACAUGUCCGUCGCGGAGACGCGGGCGGUCGAGAAGCUCCUCAGUGACCGCUACGAGGACACGACGCCGCUGGCUACGCCGGCACCGCAGCGGCGGGCAGCCCUCGUGACGGUUUUGUCUUCGAAGAUCCGCAGGCGCUGUCAGAAGACGAGGGGGACGAGGCGAAGAAGAGCGCAGCGGGCAAGCUUCAGGAAAGAUCAAACGCUCACCUUCAUCACCCAUCUGAUGUCCCUGCAUUCUGGAAUCGCGGCACGCUGGGCUAUGCCGCAUGGGGCAUCGACUCUGCAGCGUCGUCCGCUGUUUCCCUCUCCUCCCAUCCGACCCCGUCAUCGGCGCAUUCAUCCACCCCGUCAUCCGCCAGCACAUCCCCAUCCGCGGGACACGUUCGUCUUCCCCCGAGCUUUUCCUUCCACGCACCCACUCUUGGAGUGGCUUCUGCCUCCGCUUCCGCCGCCGCUACUGCGUCUCUCUCAACCCCCGCAAGCACAGGACCCUCCGCUACAUUGGCCUGUCCUCUGCGAAGAGGCGCACAGCAACGAGGAGGCCGAGUUCGAGGCGUUCAAGGUCCGCAUAAGCAAGAUCUGCAAGUUCCACGAUGCCGCGGCGCAGCAAGACAUUCGACUCGCUGUCGAGCGCUUGAAACUGCGCAAGGAGCACCGGGCGCACGGCACGGAGCGCAGUGUGGCGCGCGAGCAGGAGCGCGCGCUCGUCACCCAGCACGAGAUGAAUAUGCUCAACCUGCACCGCAACAAGGAGGAGGAGCGGCACAGGAUGGUCGCCGAGGAGCGCAAGAAGCGGCGCGCGGAGAUCGAGUGGUGCAUCGAGCUGCAGCAUGUCCUGAAGUGCCGCACGCUUGAGAGCCGCGCGCACCUGGCGACACCGAAGCCGUAG